UACUGCACUUCGGGGCUCCGCCCGCCGAAGCCGGGAGAAAACGCGGCGGAACCCUUCCCCUUCCCCCACCGCCCAAAGAGGUCGGGUAAGGUGGGGAGGGUACGUGUGGGAAGUGGAAUCCCCCGGCCCGAGAGAUCCAGCUCUUCUCCUUCCCGGUACCUCCCGCACACCCAGGAGUUCUAUCCAUAGGCCUGGUUCCCGCGCCCUCCUCCCGCGCCCAAGCUCGGGUGACGAGCCCACCCUGGACGGCGAUGACCCCCAAGACCGCCGGACCCCCAGAUGGGGGCUGGGGCUGGGUGGUGGCAGCCGCAGCCUUCGCAGUGAACGGGCUCUCCUACGGGGUCUUACGCUCGCUGGGCCUUGCCCUCCCUGACCUCGCAGAACACUUUGACCGAAGCGCCCAGGACACUGCGUGGGUCAGCGCGCUGGCCUUGGCCGUGCAGCAGGCAGCCAGCCCAGUGGGCAGCGCCCUGAGCACGCGCUGGGGGGCGCGCCCGGUGGUGAUGGUUGGGGGCGCCCUUACUUCGCUGGGCUUCAUCUUUUCGGCUUUCGCCGGAAGUCUGCUGCACCUGUACCUCAGCCUCGGCCUUCUAGCUGGCUCCGGCUGGGCCCUGGCCUUCGCCCCUGCCCUCGGUACCCUCUCCCGUUACUUCUCCCGCCGUCGGGUCUUGGCUGUGGGGCUGGCACUCACAGGCAACGGGGCCUCUUCUCUGCUCUUGGCGCCCGCCUUGCAGCUCCUCCUUGAUACUUUUGGCUGGCGGGGCGCCCUGCUGCUCCUAGGCGCCGUCACCUUCCACCUCACUCCCUGUGGCGCCCUGCUGCGCCCCCUGGCGCUCCCCGGCGACCCCUCGGCCCCACCUCGUGGCCCCUUAGCUGCUCUCGGCCUGGGUCUCUUCAAGCGCCGGGCCUUUUCAGUCUUCGCUCUGGGCACAGCCCUGAUUGGGGGCGGGUACUUCAUCCCCUACGUGCACUUGGCUCCCCAUGCUUUAGACCGGGGCCUCGGGGGCUACGGGGCAGCGCUGGUGGUAGCAGUGGCUGCAGUCGGGGAUGCGGGCGCCCGGCUGGUCUGCGGCUGGCUGGCAGACCAGGGCUGGGUGCCCCUUCCAAGACUGCUAGCCGUGUUCGGGGCUCUGACCGGGCUGGGGCUGCUGGCAGUGGGACUGGUGCCCGCGGUGGGGAGCGAUGACAGCUGGGGAGGUCCCCUGCUGGCCGCAGCUGGGGCCUACGGGCUCAGUGCCGGGAGCUACGCCCCAUUGGUUUUUGGUGUGCUCCCGGGGCUAGUGGGCAUCGGAGGUGUGGUGCAGGCCACGGGGCUGGUGAUGAUGCUGAUGAGCCUGGGGGGACUCCUGGGCCCUCCCCUGUCAGGUAAGGACCUGAGCCAGAAGAUCUGUUCACAACCAUCUUCUGUCCCUGGGUUUCAAGGACUAAUUUCUUUACCUCUCCUCUCAGGCUUCCUAAGGGAUGAGACAGGAGACUUCACUGCUUCUUUCCUGGUGUGCAGUUCUUUCAUCCUCUCUGGCAGCUUCAUCUACAUGGGACUCCCCAGGGCUCUCCCCUCCUGCCCUCCAGCCCCACCUCCACCUACCCCUCCUCCUGAGAGGGGGGAGCUACUCCCAGUUCCGAAGGUUGUCCUCCCUCCGGGAGGCCCUCGCUCCACUAUGGACACCACUUGUUGAUUCUUGUCUCAUUUAAGCCCCUCCUUCUAAUAAAAAUUUUUUAUCUG